AUGUCUAUUGUAUCAAGUGUACGUUUUGUAUGUGAGGAGAUUGGGUUAACCACCUUAGUAAACUCUUCUAGAGAUGUUUUCCUAAUCAUCAUCUUGAGGAUGAUUAGAUUAUUGGGGUUUGGUGCAACAUCUUUAAUUCUUGUCCUUUUUUUAAAGGAGUUGGGUAUUCAUGAAGAGUAUAUUGGGAUAUUUAUGACUUUAACUUUUAUAGGUGACUUGGUAUCGAGUUUUUUAUUUAGUUUAGCUGCUGAUAAACUAGGUAGAAAGUUUACAUUAAGUUUGAGUAGUAUAAUUAUGUUAAUUACCGGAAUUAGUUUUUCAGUUUUUAAUAAUUAUUACCUUUUAGCAUUAAUAUCAAUUCUUGGGAUUUUGACCCCUGGAGGUGGUGAAGUUGGUCCUUUUAGAUCAAUCGAACAAAGUUCUAUUGCAACCUUAUGUUCUCAUAAUGAAAGAUCCGAUAUUUACGCUUGGUAUACUUUCUCUGGUACUUUCUGUGCUGCUUUGGGUUCAAUAUUUGGCGGGUUCUUAAUUCAAUUCACCUCAAAUAAAUUGAAUUAUUCUAUUCUUGCAAGUUACAAAGCUGUGUUUUUAGGUUAUGCAUUCAUUUCAUUACUUAGUUUCAUUAUCUGUUUAUUCUUAACUGAUCGAAUUGAAUUAAGUAAUGAAGAUAAAACAACAACCGAUGAAUCAUCAAAUGAUACCUCCAAUGAAACAACACCAUUGAAUCAAAAUGAAAACUCUCCUUUAAUUGAUCAGCCAAAGAAGAAAUCUAGAUUCUUGCCCGAAUUAAAUCAUUCAGUUUAUUCAAUAGUGUUCAAAUUAUCAAUCUUAUUUGCAAUCGAUUCGUUUGCUUCUUCCUUAGUAUCGAUGUCCUGGCAAACUUACUACGUUAAGCAAAAAUUCAAAGUGUCUCCUUCGUAUCUUGGUAGUAUCUUCUUCGUUACUGGUAUCGUGAGUAGUAUAAUGUCAUUACUUGGUACUAGUUUAACCAAAAGACUAGGUGCAGUGGUUACUAUGGUUGUAACUCACUUACCGGCUUCAAUCUUACUUGCUUUAGUUCCAAUCCCAAAUUCUCUCAAGAUAACUUUGAUCAUUUUGAUUAUCAGAGCUUCUACUCAGUCCAUGGAUGUUGCUCCAAAACAUGUAUUUUUAGCUACCUUAGUCCCUUCAAAAGAUAGAACGGCAGUGUUCGCUUGGACUAACGUCGUUAAAACUCUUGCUCAAGUAGCUGGUCCAACGAUGGUAGGUUAUUUAACUAACACCGGUUUACAAUGGUUAACUUUCAUACUCGCCGGUUCCUUAAAAGCGUUAUACGAUAUCGGAAUUCUAGCUACAUUCCUUACAUUUAAUAGACACAAUCAGCACUAA